UCUAAAAACUCAAUUCGCGGACAGGAAAGAGAGGGAGGAAUUUUCUAACGCACCCGAUGAACCAACGGUACGCAAGGGGCAAUCCCCCCACUACUACAAAUCGAUACAUAUCGGAUGCUCUCCGGAAUCGCACUCUAUACAUAAGUUACGCCUCGCGAGAGCGCUGCUGUUCCCAGCCCAGCUUAAAAAUUCAAGGCACAAAUUAAAGGCUGCAUUUCUUCGGAGGUCCACUCAAAUUCUGAUCAUGCAAGCAAAGGAAUGAUAAAUGCUUUCGAAGAUACCCACUAGUAUUCCGCCUCAUCUCAGUCUCAAAUUACUCCGGGUUUACUCAAAUUCCGGUGACUUAGCGCGCGCACGCCGCCUGUUUGAUAAAAUUCCUGACCCGGACUUACCUUCCUGGACUGUCUUGAUUUCAGCUCAUACUAAGCAUGGCUUCCCAAGGGAAGCUAUUGAGCUCUACUCCAAAUUGCAGGCGCGGAAAAUCGAACCUGAUGAGCUAUUACUGCUUUCGGUCGCCAAGGCGUGUGCCGCAUUGGGGGAUACAUGUAAGGCAAAAGCAAUUCAUGAAGAUGCUGUUCGGCUUGGGUUUUGUUCAGAUCUUUUGGUGGGUAACGCGUUGAUUGACAUGUAUGGGAAAUGCAAGUGCUUUAAAGGUGCAAGGCAGGUAUUUGAUUGUAUGGUGGUAAAGGAUGUAGUUUCUUGGACAUCAAUCUCUUCUUGUUAUGUGAACUGUGCGCAGCCAAGGGAAGCUUUGCGAGCUUUCCGUGAUAUGGGAUUAAAUGGGGUGAGACCCAAUUCAGUCACAGUAUCAUCAGUUCUUCCUGCCUGCGCGGAUCUAAAAUAUUUGAAUUCGGGAAGGGAGAUUCAUGGGUUGGUCAUAAAAUACGGGAUGACAGAAAAUAUUUUUGUGUGUAGUGCACUUGUGAGCAUGUAUGCAAGUUGUCUUGGCAUUAGGCAGGCUCAACUGAUAUUUGAUAACAUGGCUCAACGAGAUGUUGUGUUGUGGAAUGUAAUAAUGACAGCUUAUUUCUCAAAUAAAGAAUGUGAGAAGGCCCUCAGUUUGUUUCAUCGAAUGAGAAGUGAAAGGGUGAAUUUGAACUAUGCUUCCUGGAAUGCCAUCAUUGGUGGAUGCGUGCAAAAUGGGCGAACUGAACAAGCACUUGAAAUGCUUGGCCACAUGCAGGCAUCAGGACUUAAACCAAAUAAAAUCACAAUUACUAUUGUCUUACCGGCUUGCGCAAACCUAGAAAGCUUAAGGGCAGGCAAGGAGAUACACGGGUAUAUCUUUAGAAAUUGGUUUAAUGAAGAGUUGACGGCCAUGACAGCUUUGGUUUUCAUGUAUGCCAAAUGUGCUUUAUUUGAACAUUCUCAUAGAGUCUUCAGCAUGAUAACAAAAAGGGACACCGUCGCUUGGAACACAAUGAUCAUUGCAAACUCAAUGCAUGGGAAUGGAAAGGAAGCUGUGUUGCUCUUCCAUGAAAUGUUAGACUCUGGAGUCAAGCCCAAUUCUGUUACCUUCACUGGUGUAUUGUCAGGCUGUAGCCAUUCAAAGCUUGUUCAUGAAGGCCUCGUGAUAUUUAACUCAAUGAGUAGGGAUCACUCAAUUGAACCUGAUUCAGAACACUACUCAUGCAUGGUGGAUGUGCUUAGUCGUGCUGGUCGCCUAGAAGAGGCAUACGAAUUCAUCCAGAAAAUGCCAAUGGAACCAACGGCCAGUGCUUGGGGAGCAUUGCUUGGUGCAUGCAGAGUAUAUAAGAAUGUAGAGUUGGGACAAAUUGCAGGAAGGCAGCUGUUUAACAUCGAACCAGAUAACCCCGGUAACUAUGUAUUAUUAUCUAACCUUUUUGUUACUGCAAAACUGUGGGAUGAAGCAUCAGAAACUAGAAAAAUGAUGAGAGACAGAGGACUUACAAAAGUGCCAGGUUGUAGUUGGAUUCAGGUGAGAAACAGAGUCUGUACAUUUGUUGCUAGCGAUAAGCGUAAUCACCAGAGUGAUGAGAUCUACAAAUUUUUAGAUGAAAUCGGUGAAAAGAUGAGAUUGGCAGGAUACUUGCCCAACACUGAUUUUGUUCUGCAAGAUCUGGAUCAAGAGGAGAAGGAGGAGGCUCUCUGCAACCACAGUGAGAAGCUUGCUGUUGCAUUUGGGAUACUCAAUUUGAAUAGUGAAUCGUCAAUUCGAGUGUUUAAGAACUUGAGAAUAUGUGGAGACUGUCACAAUGCCAUCAAGUUCAUUGCAAAGAUUGUUGGGGUGCGGAUUAUAGUCCGAGAUUCUUUGAGGUUUCACCAUUUCAGGAAUGGUUUUUGUUCCUGUCAAGAUUUUUGGUGAUCCUCAAAUCCAUUUGUAUUGGCCAAAGUCUGGGAUGAGGUUAAAAUCUGCUCAAGUGUCUCUUCAAUAUAUGAUGAGGAACCUCAACAAAUCAUUCACAAGGCACAUGUCAUUCUAUGUUUAUAGAAGAAAAUUUUAUUACCAUCCUUUCAACUCUCAUUCUUUGAUAUUUUUAUAAAGCCUAAAGCAUUUGAAAUUUUGAAUAUUUGGCAGUACAAUGUAUGAUUGAUCAUGCCCAUAUAUAUACUUGAAUGUGAAUUAAAUAUCUCAGUUAUACUUGAUUAUGUG